GCCAGGAAAUUCGCAUCCUUUUUCAACAUGCCUGAGGUAGCAAAACCCGCGCCCAAGAAGGGCUCCAAGAAAGCCGUCUCCAAGACCGCAGUUAAGGGCGGCAAGAAGCGCCGCAAGACCAGGAAGGAGAGCUAUGCCAUCUAUGUCUACAAGGUGCUGAAGCAGGUCCACCCCGACACCGGCAUCUCCUCCAAGGCGAUGGGGAUCAUGAACUCCUUCGUCAACGACAUCUUCGAGCGUAUCGCCGGUGAGGCCUCCCGCCUGGCUCACUACAACAAGCGCUCCACCAUCACCUCCCGGGAGAUCCAAACCGCCGUACGCCUGCUGCUCCCCGGUGAGCUGGCCAAGCACGCCGUGUCUGAGGGCACCAAGGCUGUGACCAAGUACACCAGCUCCAAGUAGACUUCACCAUUCACCCAAACAAACGGUCCUUUUAAGGACCACCCAAAUGCAUUCUUAAGAGCUACUCCACGCUGUAAUAAGAUGCCGACGCUGAAUUCAUUCCUUGUUGUGGGCCU